CUUGUUAUCGCCUAGUGACGUGUCCAUUGUGACAUUUUAUAAUACAAUAUCAUUACUCAAGUCCUGCCAUUCUUCUAAAAGGAAACGACAGAUAAAAACAAAUUUCUUCUUCUUCUUCGUCCUUGCUGGUUAAACUUGUGCGUACGUCGUUAGGCUUGAUUAAAAUCCAUCAUGAUUGACCUGCUUGGAGCUGGAGAGUCUGGCUUUGGUCAGAUUAAUGCCCUGACCAUCACAGCAACCCUUGGAAUGGUCACUGCUACGCUGGCCCUCUGGACCAUCGUGAGGCCAAAGCGAUUUCCUCCUGGUCCAAGAGGCCUGCCUAUCGUUGGCAGCAUCUACAGUAUAAAUGAUUCUCCUGAGGUUGUCUUUGGGGAAUGGGCCAAGAAGUACGGUGAUAUCUUUGGCUUCAAGGCGGGAGAGAGAUGGAUUGUAGUUCUCAACCGUCAAGCAUUGAUCAAGGAAGCCGUCCUCAAACAGAGCGUUGGCUUUGCUGACCGUCCAGAUUUCCUCUCUCUGGACAUUUUCUCGGAUGGAUUCAAGGAUAUUGCUUUCAGCCCAUACAGUGAGACCUGGAAACUUCAUCGCAAGUUGGCUCACUCAGCUCUCAGGCAUUUUGCAACAGGCAAGCCUCUUCAGGAUCUCAUCUCCAGCGUCUACCCCAAGGUUGAGAAGAAGUUGGCCAUGACGGAGGGACAACCAAUAGACCCUAAGGUCCUCAUCACUCUACUCAUGUACAACGUACUCGCACAGAUGUGCUUUGGACGAAGUUAUGAGUUGGAAGACCCUAAUGUGGCGCAAUGGAUGAACACAAACGACGAAAUCAAUGAACAUUUGGGAUUAGGUCUAGCAGCAGACUUCUUCUCUUGGGCCAAGUACCUUCCCACCAACGGUCCAUGGAUGUUGAAGGAACUCCAAGAAAGGCUUUGGGGCUUCUUGCGUUUGCAGGUGGAUGAAACGAGAGAACAUUAUGAUCCGGAGAACAUCAAUAAUGUCUACAGUCUACUUCUCAAAGCUCAAGAAGAUGCAAGGAAAGAAGGAGAGAACGUGGACAAACUGACCGAUACUCACAUCUUCCAGACGAUCGCUGAUAUUUUUACAGGAUCCCGGAUGUAA